UCUCAUUAUGCCCAGGUGGGUGUCGGUGGAGAGCAAGCAUCCUAUGAUGUUUUUUCCUUAUUCUCUUUCACUUUCAUUUCCAAACGUUGAACUUUCUUUUUUGGUGCGUUCAUGCUUCUCUCUCUCUGAUCCCUCUCUUUUUGGUUUCUGAUAAGAGUAUAUAGUGGUGGAUGAUCCUUCAACUGAUAAGCAUCUCUGGGGGCUACACUUGACCAGCAACUGAAAUCAUGGACCAUAAGUCAUGGCUUUGGAGGAAAAGAUCUUCAGAGAAGACAAUUGUUGCAGCUGAAAAAGUUGUUGUUCCCUUAGGAAGAUCUGAAGAAGAGAUACGUACACUUCCAAAACAGAAUGAAGAAGGACCAGAGAGAUCUGUGAAAAAUCUGAAUGAGAAGUUAGCCUCAGUCCUCCUUGAUUGUCAUGCUAAAGACAACCUUGUGACAAAACAUGCGAUAAGGGCCCAAGAAGCCGAUAAAGGUUUGGAGAAAGCAGAAGCAGUAUGCCAGAAACAAGAACCGAAUGAUGAAGCUUUGAGACAGGGAACAGUUGCAAAUGAACAACUAGCUUGUUCAGAUGCUGCACUGAAGGAAUGUAUGCAGCAGUUAUGCUCUGUUCGAGAAGAGCAGGAGCAAAGAAUACGUGACGCCAUCAUCAAAACAUCAAGAGAAUAUGAGAAGGCACAGUGGAAAUUGGAGGAGAAGUUGGAGGAGAGAAGUAAACAGCUCACAAACUUAGCUGUUGAGAAUACUCAUCUAAGUAAGGCCCUUCUAACCAAAGAAAAAGUUAUUGAAGAUCUACAGAAACAGAAAUCUCAGACAGACGCAGAAUUCAAUGUGCUAAUGUCUAGAUUAGAUUCUGUGGAAAAGGAAAACACGUAUCUAAAGUAUGAGUUUCAUAUACUUGAGAAGGAGCUUGAGAUUCGAAAUGAGGAGAUGGAAUAUAACCGUCGAUCUGCUGAUGCAGCACACAAGCAACAUCUGGAAAGUGUGAAGAAAACCACAAAGUUGGAAGCAGAAUGUCAAAGACUCCGGCUCCUCAUGCAAAAACGGCUUCCAGGUACUGCUGCUAUGGCAAAUAUGAAGAGUGAAUUUGAUAUGCUGGGAAGGAAUCACACAGAUAUGAGAAGAAGAAAGCAGAAUCCUACAAGAGAUCUGAUUGUCCGAGAAGCUAUAAAAGAAGCGUCUCCCGAAAUUCCCAAUAAGAAGAUCAGUUUCAUGAUUGAGCGAUUACGUGAUGUGGAAGAAGAAAACAAGGCUCUAAAAGAAAGUAUAACCAAGAAGAGCACUGAACUCCAUUCUUCAAGAAUCAUGUAUGCUCGAACAGCUUCCAGAUUAUCACAGACUGAAGCUCAUGUUAGAGAGCUUUCUAAAUGUCAAAAAUCCAUGGAGUUGACCAGGUAUAGUCCUAUAUCAAGUGAACUUUCUCUAUUUGCAGGUUCUGAAAUCGGUAGUGAUGAUGGGAUUAGUUCUUCUGGAUCUUGGGCUACUGCUCUAAUUUCAGAAUUGGAACACUGCCGAAAUGCGAAAAUAAAAAAUCCACUGGCAUAUAAAGCAAUUGAAGCUUCAGACAUGAGUUUUAUGGAUGAUUUUGCUGAGAUGGAGAAACUGGCAAUAGUUUCUGUGGAUACACCUAGGAGUGGGUGUUACCCCUAUUGGAAUGCUAAGGAUCUUAGUCCAGUUUCAGGUCAUUCUGGUUGGAGCGAUAGUAAACAGGAAAUGCAAUUGAAAACAGAACCAACUGACAAAAAUUUUGACUGGCUUCAGGUUGUUUUAAAAGCAAUGCUGGAGCAAAAGCGUAUUUCAAAACGAAGUUUACAUGAACUUUUUGAGGAUAUCAAAAUUGCUUUGGGUUAUCUAAACCAUCCAACUACACACGAAGCCGAGACAACUGCAAUCCCAAGGCAUCCUGGAGUGUCUGAUCUGCUCAAUGCUAGUGGUUAUAUCACUUUGAAAUCUCCAAACACAUCUCCACUUGUAAAUUCCUCAAAUGGAGCUUCUUCCAUCGACACCUCAGUGAAAGAAAAGGGCAGCCAAUGUAACCCGUCUAACCUGAGUAAGUCAAUCCAUAAAAUUAUCAGGCUGAUUGAUGGAAUCAAUCCAAGAUCUUCAUUCAGUAGUAAUACUCCAGAAGAUUGGUCUAAGUGGGAUCAAAAUUCCAAACCAUUCCCUCCAUCAACAUCAGCAGACUACUUUGUCCGUGUUUUCCAAUGGAAAAGUUCGGAGCUAAGUGCUGUUCUACAACAAUUUGUUUGUACUUGUACUGAUCUAUUAAAUGGAAAAGCUGGUCUUGAAAAGUUUGUGAUGGAACUGAUGUUUUCUUUAGACUGGAUUAUUAAUAAUCAUGUGAGCCUUAAAGAUGCUUCAAACGCAAGAAAUAAGAUCAAGAAGCAUUUUGGUUGGAUGGAAUCCCAAACAGAAAAUGAACCUGGAGUUUUGCUCCAAAUGGAGGAGGUUCGGUGUAAAGUGCAAGAAGAAAACAGCAGAUUAAAAGACGAAUUGAAGAAUGAGGAAGCUGCAAAGAAAGAUAUGGAAGCUAGAUUACGGUCAGCAACUGAUAAGAUUGAGGUGUUAAUGACACAACUUCGAGAAUCAGAACAAAGCAUUGGAAACUUACAAGCAGAACUGGAAACUUUAAAAGAAUCAAAGGUGGUGAUUGAAGAUCAGAUUGAAAAUCAGAAGUUGAUAAAUGAAGAUCUCGAUACUCAGCUUAAUGUUGCCAGAGCUAAAAUGAAUGAAGUCUUCCAGAAGUUCUCCUCUUUGGAAGUUGAAUUGGAAGAUAAAAAUAACAGCUGUGAAGACUUAGAGGCAACAUGUCUUGAGCUUCAACUCCAGCUAGAAAGUGUUGCAAAGGAAACUCCGAAGUACAGUAUGAAUCAACAGGGAAAGCAAUCCCAAAAUGGUUGGGAGAUCACAACAGCUUCCAUAAAGUUGGCAGAGUGCCAAGAAACCAUCCUACACCUGGGAAAACAGCUGAAGGCUCUAGCUUCACCAAGGGAAUCGGCACUGUUUGACAAGGUUUUCUGUAACACCAGCACCGGUGCUCCGACCACUGAUAAUGAAAAAUUGAACAAGCGUUCCUCCCUACGUGAUCGAAUGAUAGCUGAGGAUGAUACUAAGGCAGAGAUUCUCAAGUCUCUCAAAAUUAAAGAAACUACAAGCACUGCAGAUACACAGAAACAACUUGUUCUUCAUUCUGAUAGCUAUAAUGCUUCUUGUGCUCUUAAUGCCCUUGUACAUACUCCAGAAGCAUAUCUUGGGUCGAGGCACAAAGAAGGUAACAAUGCAGGCGGUGCAUUAUCGAUCGUCCCAAGUAAGAAACAGGGAAGAUUUGGUUUGCUAAGGAAGCUAUUGCUGAGAAGGAAGAAAGGAAGCGGCAGGAGAUCUCGAUCCCCUGUCGAGACAUGAGAAAAAAAAGGCAAAUAGCCCAAGCUGGAAAAACUGCCUUAAGCAACAACUCUUCCCAGUAAUGCAAUACAACCAGCAGCUUUCACAGCUAUUGUUGAUAUUAAUGGAAUUUGACUGUUCCCUCUUGAUGAAAAGAGAAAGUGAAAGUUUGGGCUUCUUUAUUCAUUUUUCUUGUUUUCCAAUCAGAGCAAAGAGAGGGGGAUUUGUUUUGCUGUAAGUGUUGCUGUUGAUGAUGUACAUAUCUCUUGGUUUGAAGACAGUCAAGUUGAGAAUGAUGAUAUUGACAAGAAAUGCUUUUUAUGCUUAAAAUAUCUUUAGUUUGAUA